AUGGCUAAUACAAGCUUGACAACGCUGUCCUUGACUCCGGAUCCAAGCUUUAAUUGGUUCUUCCUCCUUGAACUUAUCGUAUCGUGCAUCCUCGUGCUGUUUUUCCUCCUAUACUUCAACCGUCUUUUCGCAACCGUCCUAUCGUACGGAAUCCGGGCCUAUACCUGGCACUACUACCGCGCUUAUGUCGAUAUACACGCUCUGCAAAUAUCCUUACUGGGAGGGAGGAUCUUCUUCAAGGGCAUCCGGUACCAUGGGGUGAACGAGACAAUCUUCAUACAUGGAGGGUUUAUUACCUGGCGUUACUGGAGACAUAGUGUCAGACGGACACACGUAUCGAAUUUCAAACCGACCUCUGAAAAGGCAGACGAUGGAGCGCAGUCCCGGGAAGGGGACGGUGACGGUUGCAAGGAUGGUGAUCGGGAGGAACAAGGGGGACAAAAACGGGCGGAUACACUCCCUUGUCGCAUUACGGCAAAGUUUUAUGGCUUUGAGUGGUUUAUCUACAACCGGACCCCCGCCUACGACAGUAUCUUGGCAGGCUUCAUGCCGUCUGAUCCCACCACGACGUUCACCAAACCGGAGUACCCUGGGAGCAGUACGCUAGAUCCCGGGCUCAAGGAGGGCUCGGAGCACGCGCCGUCAGAUAAUAGGCCAGCUUCGGAUCGAGUUCCUUCUCCUCGUGGCAACUUCCCGGCGAGGAGUGGGACGGGCAGCGAGACGAUCGGUUCGCAGGACGCGGGAAGCUCCGGGCAGGGAAUGGGAGAGAGUUUAUCAAAACUCCUCCAGCUUUUGCCUUUGCGACUGGUGUGUGACAAAGGCGCUAUUGUGGUGGGAAAUGAGAAUACAAGGUCGGUCCUCACCACGACCUUUAAUGGGGCCACGGGGUUGGUCGAAGCCUGCAGCGCUGGUCCGCUGGACCUCUACCGGCAAGCAUUCUCUUUUCACCUCGAUCACCCUGUUAUCCAAAUGAGGCCAAAUCCAGAUUUCAAGCAGAACCAGCUUGUUGCCGCCAAAGGACUCGGCUCCGCCCGACCAGAGCCGUCUGGAACGAAACGCAAGAGGGACACGAUUUUCAAUUAUCAUUUCCAAAAGCGCAGGGUGUGGCACAGCAUCCGUGACCUUAUUCCAUACUUUCAGACUUCUGUCGAGUCCUUCCAUGUUUCCGACAAGCCUGCAGAUCCAUCUAAGCUUUGGGGGAAUACCCACAGUGACGCUCGCUGGACCGGCCUUUCUCGGUAUAUAGAUGAAACCAGCCACGAUGACCAUGAAGAAUGGAGUUCUGUGGAAUAUGGGAGAUUCUCCACAAUUUUGGAUAGUCCCGGGAUGACCAUAUCCUAUUUUUGGGACAUUCCUGGCUAUGUUGUACCACACGCGACGGCUCCAUCAUCCCCCCAGCAGAGACCUCCGCUGGGUAUCAACGGUGCCCCGCCCCCCGAGUGGGGGAUCGAUGUCAAACUUGAAGGUGGUUCUAUCAAUUACGGGCCCUGGGCUGAUCGGGAACGAGUCGGGCUACAGAAUGUGUUCUUCCCCAAUAGUUACCGAAGCUCCGAGUCCGCGGAGCCCUUGGCCCCGGGCGAGCCAAGGAAAAGCACGUUAUUCAGACUGCGCAUAGAAACUAGCCAGGAUAUGACCCUGCGGAUCCCGACGAGAGAACCAUCCAAGGAUUGGCAGUGGAAAGGACGGGCUGAUGCAAUCAGAGGUUCUUCCAAGCUCAAGAAGCAGCAAUCGAGGAGAAAAUCACGCGAGGGCGACAAGGGCCCUAUUGGACCCGAUAUUCGUCCUUUUGGGUGGCUGUCUUUGCGCGUGUCCGGUGAUUCUACUGUGACCUACAACAUGGAUAUGGUGGCUUCAGGCCCGAGGUUUCGUAACCAGCUUGACUUGGAUUUUCGGGACUCCAAAAUGACUUCAAGCGUCAACCAUGCGUUGUUAUGGCAGUGUCCUAGACAACUACUCAGCUGCGAUCUCUCGGUGCCCCUCUCCUGGAAUGAUCUUCGCACAUGGAAGUUCGACAUUGACAAUCAAUCUAUGGAGUUAUUUCUUCUGCGUGAUCACAUCUUUCUUCUGACAGAUCUUGUUACUGACUGGGCUUCUGGCCCUCCGCAAGACUACUACACAUUCGUACCGUUCAUUUACAAACUCAAUCUCUCAUUCGCAGACUUGCGCUUGUUCGUGAACGUGAACGACCAAAACAUCAUCAGCAACCCUUCCGACCUGGAUGACAAUCGCUUGCUGCUAAUUAAAGGGAAAACACUGAAUUCGGCAGUCACUCUUCCUUUGAACAAAUAUAGGCCGGAUCAAAAUGCCGUCGAAUUCAAUAUAGAUCUCGACGAUGCCGCCAUCGACUUUUUGAGUCCUCUAUGGGACACCUUCCAUACCUUUUUGAGCGAUAAAUCCGCUGCCACUCUGGAGCACUUGUCUAUAGGCGGGACAUACAAUUACUACCAGUCCACAUCGUCGGAGCUGGUGGACACGCUAUACCUGAACCUUGAUGGUUCGUCCCCUAGACUGUAUCUGUAUGGGUUCCUCAUCAAAUGCUUCUUGACAGUCAAGGAAAAUUACUUUGGGGAAGAAAUGCAUUUCAAGACACUCGAGGAGUUUCAGGAGCUUGCUUAUUCCAAGGAACAACCCGAGUUGCACAAUCAAGUCAAUCCAAAUAGAGUAUCAAAUGAUCUCGAUGUGAUUGUGCAUGUUAAUGCUAAUGACGCCUGUGCUCUUCUCCCUGAGAACAUCUAUAAUCAUGUGAAAUGUUUAAGGCUCACAUCGCCGUCUCUCGAGAUCGACCUACGGUUCACUAAUUACUACAUGGACUUGGAGUUUUCAGUAUCUCCGUUGAAAGUGGGCCUCGAGUCCAACCCACCAGACGGCCCACGUAUCAUUUCUGACACUCAACUAUUUAUUGACGGCAUUUCUGUAUACGGCCAUCGUCUGUUCGGGUUGGCUCCCGCGGAGCCCACUUAUGUUUGCAAUUGGGAUUUCAAGGUCGGACGAGUUAUUGGAGAAUUCUCCACAGACUUCUUGAGCUGCCUGGGUGCGUCCCUGAAAAGCUUCGACUUUUCUUUCGAUAACGAAGAAAAUGGCCUCCCGCCUUUGUUUCCGAUCGCUCUUCAUGACGUGACCUUCCUUCGGGCAAAUAUCGAUUUGAUUCAUGUCUCCAUCCUAUUAGACAAAGUGGCACUUGUUCUGAGCACCGGCCCGCUGAAAACCCAGUUCAACGACUGGACUGAUGCCAGAUUCUCAAAGCGCAUGAGCCUCGUGGUUCCUGACAUCUCUAUCGCUGCAGUUGACUAUAAGUUCCUCGGGCCAUUCGGGAAUUUGCUUGACACGAAACUGGCUCCUUUCGCACUAGUUCAGUCCACUAUCAAGCUUAGAAUGGCGCAAAGGAAGAGCGAUAUCACCGAAGGCAGGAGACUGCAACAGGAGCAUUUGAAACUGCACGAUGAGAGAACCCAAAGGACUCCGUGGCUUCUUUUUGACUGGGAGGACAUUGAACCUGACUUCCCCCAAGGCGCAAAGGAUAACUUGGCCCCGCCAACCAUUCCAAUCCCGACAAUGCCUGAGUCUGUAGGGAAAUUCUCGCAAGGGCUCAAACCAUCAUUGGCAAGGCAUAAUUCGGACAACAGAAGUUAUCACAGUUCUAAAAGUUUUCUUAUGCACUCUGAUACGUCGAGCGUGAGAAAUGGUCGGGGACGACUCGCUGGGCGCCAAUUUGAUCCUUCGCGGGGUCUAUCGCAAGCAGAUGUUUAUCGGAUUAGACCUCGAGUAGCCGAUGACAGCCGCAUGUUUGAUGCGUUGGAAAGCAGUAAAGUAUACGGGAAGGACUCAUCGACAAGCGUGCCGGAUUCUUCUAAUCCUUGGAUCAUGCCGAACUUCUCGCUCUACAGGAUUGACCUCGAUACAUCGCAGUUGCCCACGUGCCGGGGCACACAUGAUAGCCCUGCCGAGACUGCCUUUGCUGAAGCAAAAUUUGACACAUACGCCUCGCCGUUCGAAGAUGACGAGACAACACACACCGAUUUUGCUCUCGAGCUACCUACAGGAGUUAAGGGCUUCUGUCGACCUGAAUUCCUUUUCCUGGUGGCGGAUUUGGUAGGCAAGCUACAGCCGAGACAUCCGAUUUCGAUCAUUGAUACACUCCAAAAAGAUGUCGUUUCAGAUAUUGUGGGCUAUGAGAAGGCAAUGAAGAACCCUAAAACGGCAACAGCAUUCGCAGUACGGGCCCCGUAUGUGCUCAUGAACUUGGUCCACUCUACCGAUCCUCUCGUCAGCCAUGAAGCUGGAUUUCGAGAUGAGUACAGCAUCAAGGUCAUCCAUUUGAAGACAGAGAUACGAUCAAGGUACGAUCAACAGACGGACAAUCCUGUCGAUAAAAAUACCACUGUCCACGCGGCAGCCAAAAGCCUUUUGGUGUCUGUGGAAGGUGGCCAGGCCGAUACAUAUCAGGACAAAGCCGAGUUCAGCUGUCUUUUUGAAGACAUGAAUUUUUGGCUUGUAACAAUACCUUUUGUCAAAUCCAAGUUCCAAACUCGGGCAUUUGACACUGUUACUUCGACAAGAUCAGUGGAGCCUUUGGCCUUCCUAGUCCGUCGUACAACAACCAUGUUCGAUUCUCUUGCAUACUCCUUCCAGCAUAACUCGGCUCUCGAGCGAAAGAGACUACGCUUCCUGAUCUAUUUCCUGACACAAACGGCCGCCACUACUUCCGAUCCGGUCUUCCUGACACGCAUCUCGUAUGUAUUGAGGGUUGCACCUGCUCAUCUACGGCAUCACGAUUCAUGGAAGAUAUUAUCUCGGAUUCGAAACGUUUACAAUUGCUUGUCUCGCGAUCAACAGAAGGAUCUUAUUUCAAAAUGCGAGACUGACAACAUCUUGUUGCCCCGCAAUGCACGAACUACUGUCUUGUCAAGCUUCGACCAGUGGCGUGCUUGGGAUUUGGCACAUGUCGAGAAAAGCGACGUGAUGCGGAGGGUUUGGGAUACCUUCGCACCUAAAGAGGAGAAUGCCACCCCGACAGCACAGUUUUCCAUUGUGGUGAAAUCCUUCCGCUUUGCAAUUGAUCCUGGGCCGAAGGAAAGCGGAUUUGUGAUUGAGGAUCUGGCUACUGCCAUUUCAGCGCAUCCUCAAAAGAAGCAACCAUCGGGUGUCGAGAUCAAGCAGAAUAAUCUGGUAACAAUCCAGACUUACUGCUCAUCUACUAGCCUGAGGCUCCGCUGGGAACUAUUAGACAUUGUGGAAGGAGUUAUGAAGGCAAUGUCUUCUGUGACACUUGAAUCCACCGUCCGGACCCAAAGCCUUGGAGAACCUCAAAGUGAACAGAGUGAGCUCCAGUUUACGUUUGGCACAGACCUCGGAUCUAUCACCCUCGAUGGUAUCAACGUCAAACUUGUGAUGGCUGGAACUGGCCUCCGAAGUUCUAUCAGCCAGAUAUCAAAUAGUAGAGAAAGCCCUGACGGUCUAAGCGUGCUGAUGAGUGCUGAGGGAUGUUCUUCGGAGAUUUCCAAUAUUUCCGAAACUCUUAUGUUGUGGAAGAUCGCCGAUCCACACGUGUACAUCGCACGUGUCUCUGAACACAUGGGAUCUAAUCUAAUUCACGACUGGAGAAUCGUGGGAUCAUGCACGAAACUCCGCUAUGAGAUGCGGGAGGAUCCAUUGAACCUUGCUCACACUGCAGACAGGCUGAUAGAAGAUGAAGUCCGAUACAUCCAUCAGCUUGUUAAGAACUUGGAUUCGCCCACACAGCAGUCCCCUAAGGUCGAACCAGCGAAACAACCGUCUAACAACAAGAUCCACAUAGCAAUGUUUUUGGAUGACUAUCGCCUAAGCUUCUGUGUUUUACCAUCACUUAAGUAUGUCAUAUCUGGAGAAGUUGCUCGCACGUCCAUCAUACCGACUCGCGAUUCAAAGGUGGAGAUAGACUUUGACGUGAAAAGGAACCUGCAUACCUUUCUGUCAAGCGAGGGUAGUGGGUGGCAUCGUCUAUCGGUGCUGGAGAUUCCGCCAAUCAACGGUCGGGUGGUUGCCAACAUGGCGCCUGUUCGGACGGAUGUGGAGGUUGAUAUAACAAUUGAACUCAUCAGACUGGAGGCAAGCUCUGUGAGAACCCUGCUGGGCUCUCUCACAAAGCCAGAGGUGUCCCACUUCAUGGCUGAUCUCAAAGAAAACUUCGAGUCCCUUCAACAACGGCUAGAUGAAGUUCUCGCUCUUGACAAAACACCCAAGCAACAGAAAGAACCACCCAAGGACCAUGGCAUUCUCUACAAGGCGAGCAUGUCAAUGGCAGGGAUCAAGGUCCAUGCUCUAGCGCCCGGUCUGAAUGGUAAAGACUAUUCAGCCGACUUGGAAUUGACUCUGGGGAUGAUGCGUAUGCGCCUCGACAAUGGCUUGGAAGACGGAUACCCAAUGCAAUAUCCCGAGUUCCACGUCGACACGUCGAAUAUAAGUCUCGAUCUUCGGAAGAAAGAGGCUUCUAGGAGCCGCUCUUACUGCAGCUUUGCCAUCGAUGCAAAACUCCAAGGGACUUCGACCAGGCUUGAAAAUGGUGACCUCAGGCGAGUGUAUCAUUUGAGCAGCAAGAAGUGUGAUAUCGAGCUCUUUUCCGAAACAGCUGCCCUGGUGGUUGAUAUGGCGGCUCAUCUCCAGGAGCGCAUCAAAACUCUGGAUCUGUCUCACGAGGUGGAGCGUUUCAAGAAAUUGCGCAAGCGAGGCCAUACAGAGACAAAAGCCAAGUCAACAGGUAUCCCAGAGAUACGCAUAUCAGAUGAGGGCGGCGCUCAAGAUCUGUUCGACGCCAUGUAUUCGUUGGAUUUCAAUAACAUCCAAAUCGCCUGGAACAUGACCACUGUGGUUUUGCCCACGUCCGCACGGAAACCCGACGACCUGGUUUUCUCCAUCAAGCGUGUGGAAUUAUCGAAUAAGAAGACCAACGCCGCUAAGCUUCGUAUUGAGGAUAUGCAAUUGCAGAUGGUUCCGUUCUCAAAUAACCGAGAGAAACGCUCCCUCAAUUCGGCCUUAUUGCCAGAACUGGUCUUCAAUGUUGCAUAUGCCUCGACAGGAAAAGAAGCUCGACUGGCCUUCCAAGCAGCCGGGAAGUCCUUGGACAUACGGGCGACUUCUGAUUUCGUCAUGCCUGCUAGUACCAUUCGAGAUUCUAUCGCUUCUGCAAGCCGGAUUAUCCGCGAAGCCAAUUCCUCCCUGAUGCCCAAGCCCUCUGAAGAGGGCACCGAAGAGGGCACGAAGCAACGUUCCCUUUUCGGGAACAAACGCCUGCGCUCCGUGCUAGUUGACGUCGACUUCGCUGGUGCCAUUGUAUCGCUACAAGGGAGGCGCAGCGAUGACCAACAUUUGACGGCAGCGCACAGGGGGAGUCGGACAUCAGACGCAAGUUAUGGUAGCUAUAUCCAUGGGGAUGGAGUAGCCACGGCUACCCUAAGAGCCCCUGGCGUGGCGUUGAAGGUUCAAUUCGAGGACAGCAGCUCUGCUGGCUCUGCAUUGAAUGCGGAGCUAAAGGUUGAUCCGUCCACAAAUGUUCUGCAUCCGAGUCUGGUUCCAUUGGUGAAACAGAUGACCUCGGCGGUGCAGCACGUUAUGGGAGGCCAACAAAAGCCUAGAAGGCCUUCUAGCGCGAUGAUGCUGCAGCCUCAGAAGCUGAUGCAAGAGGCACCACUCGACGAUGAAGGGAGAGACACGAUCCUGGGGAGAUGCAAACUGAACGUGGGUCUUCUCAUCUGCAAACAAGAAUUCAGCUUGAGCUGCCAACCCAUCGCCAGAGUCGCCGCCACUGCCGGGUUUGAAAGCGUCUACGUAACCAUCAAUACUGUUCAAUCAGAUGAAUAUGGCCGGUUUCUGUCACUUUUGAUGACAUUCAACUCAUUGCAAGCUUCGGUGAAACACGUUUAUUCCAGCGAAUCCACUGCAAGCUUCGAAGUCCAAUCCAUGGUCAUGUCUGUUAUGAACAGCAAGCACAUUGGCAGUUCCAAGGGUAUCUCGGCUGUGCUUAGAGUGAGCCCAAUGCAGGUGGCUCUCAACGCCAAGCAAGUACAGGAUUUGCUUCUUUUCCGAGAGAUUUGGUUCCCAUCGAAUGAGGACAUAGAUGUGGAGCGAAAAUUCCCUCCCUCGUCUCCGGAGACGCCACCCUAUAUUGUCCAGCGAUAUCAGCAAGUUGCAUCGGCCUCUGCGUUCCCAUGGAACACGGCUAUUGCAGUCGAGCGAUUAGAGAUCCAUCUAGACCUAGGGUCCACUCUUGGAAAGGCCCAAUUUGGCAUCAACGACUUGUGGAUGUCGUCGAAAAAGACGUCCGAUCAGGAGCAAACGCUGUGCAUUAAGCUGAAAUCCCUCGGGGUAGAAGGCAAAGGUCGAAUGAGUGGGUUGAUCGAGCUACAGACCCUGAAAGUCCAUACUUCAAUCCACUGGCCCGACGACAUGCUCCACAGCCAGACCCCUCUUGUGCAAGCCUCGAUUGCUUUCAACCAAUUCCAGAUGAAGGUUUCCUUUGACUAUCAGCCUUUCAUCAUUGGCCACAUCACGAUGUUCAAUUUCCUCAUGUACAAUGUCCGGAACGUCUCUGGCAAUGAGCGGCUAUUUAGCAUUAUUGAUGGAGACAAAGUACAGGUGUUCUGUACCAGCCUAACCGCGUCACAGACGAUUGCUUUGCUCCAAGCAUGGCAGCGCCUCGUGCAAGACAAGCAGUCAGCAUACGAAAGGGCAUUGGAUGACGCACAGAGAUACAUGCGCCGACGAACUUCCAGCUUCGCCAGCAAACCCGAGCUUUCAAGCGAAGCGAAGGCUAAAACGACGGACGAAAAGGACGAAAAAGCACCAAUAUCUCUCCAAACGGGGGUUGUCGUCUCGCUGAACUCCGUCAAUCUCGGGGUAUUCCCCAGCUCCUUCUACGACAACCACGUAUUCAAGCUGGAGGCACACGAUGCCCAGGCCCAUUUCCACGUGUCCCUGGAAGAGGAGCGGAUACACAGUAUCCUAGGACUCACUCUCGGCGAGCUGCGCGUUGCACUUUCAGGUAUCACGCGGCCGCAUCCAAUGGAAAUGCAAGACCUCCUCGUCAGCGAAAUCGCCACCCGAGUCGUGGAGUCCACCGGAGGCACAAUCCUCAAGGUCCCCCGACUCGUAGCCAGCAUGGAGACGUGGCAAAAACCCGGAGACUCCAAGAUCGACUACAUCUUCCACAGCUCCUUCGAAGGCAAAGUCGACGUCGGAUGGAACUACUCGCGCAUCAGUUUCAUCCGCGACAUGUGGGACUCACACUCUCGCGCCUUGGCCUCCCGACUCGGAAAGCCCCUGCCGCCAUCUGCAGUUCGCAUCACGGGAGGACUCAAAGAGGGCGACGACACCCAGGAGCAGCAGGAGAAGAUCACGGCCGUCGUCAACGUGCCUCAGUCGAAGUACACGUAUGUUGCGCUGGAACCGCCGGUGAUUGAGACGCCUCAGCUGCGUGAUAUGGGUGAGGCUACGCCGCCCCUGGAGUGGAUUGGGCUGCAGCGCGAUAAGCUGCCCAAUGUCACGCAUCAGAUUAUCAUUGUGACGUUGUUGGAGAUUGCUAGGGAGGUGGAAGAUGCGUAUGAGAAGAUCUUGGGGUCUUCCUUCACUAUCGAAGAGAUCCGGUCCCUCAUGGACCGGCCGGCUAACAUCCGUAACAUGUCCGUCAUUGCUCACGUCGAUCACGGAAAGUCCACCCUCUCCGACUCCAUGGUCCAGAAGGCCGGUAUCAUUUCGGCUGCCAAGGCCGGUGAGACUCGUUUCAUGGACACCCGUCCCGAUGAGCAGGACCGUUGCAUUACCAUCAAGUCCACCGCCAUCUCCCUGUACGCCCAGUUCCCCGAUGAGGAGGAUCUCAAGGAGAUCCCCCAGAAGGUCGACGGCUCGGAGUUCCUGAUCAACCUGAUCGAUUCCCCCGGUCACGUUGAUUUCUCGUCGGAGGUCACCGCUGCCCUGCGUGUCACUGAUGGUGCCCUGGUCGUCGUCGACUGUGUCUCCGGUGUCUGUGUCCAGACCGAGACCGUCCUGCGUCAGGCCCUGACCGAGCGUAUCAAGCCCGUCCUGAUCAUCAACAAGGUCGACCGUGCUCUGCUCGAGUUGCAGGUCUCCAAGGAGGAUCUGUACCAGUCCUUCUCCCGUACCAUUGAGUCGGUCAACGUCAUCAUCGCCACCUACUUCGACAAGGUCCUUGGUGACGUCCAGGUCUACCCCGACAGAGGUACCGUUGCUUUCGGUUCCGGUCUGCACGGCUGGGCUUUCACCGUCCGCCAGUUCGCCGUCAAGUACGCCAAGAAGUUCGGUGUUGACCGCAAGAAGAUGCUUGAGCGUCUGUGGGGCGACAACUACUUCAACCCCAAGACCAAGAAGUGGACCAACAAGUCCGAGUCUGAUGGCAAGCCCCUGGAGCGUGCCUUCAACAUGUUCAUCUUGGACCCCAUCUUCCGUAUCUUCGCCGCUGUCACCAACGACAAGCGCGAUGAGGUGCUUACUCUGGUUGACAAGCUGGAGGUCAAGCUCACCAACGAGGAGAAGGAGUACACCGGCAAGCAGCUCCUCAAGACUGUCAUGCGCAAGUUCCUGCCUGCCGCUGAUGCCAUGCUGGAGAUGAUCUGUAUCCACCUGCCCUCUCCCGUCACUGCCCAGAAGUACCGUGCCGAGACUCUGUACGAGGGUCCUGCUGACGACGAGUGCGCCCUGGGUAUCCGUGACUGUGAUGCCAAGGCUCCUCUGAUGCUGUACGUCUCCAAGAUGGUGCCCACCUCCGAUAAGGGUCGUUUCUACGCCUUCGGUCGUGUCUACUCCGGUACCGUCCGCUCCGGUCUGAAGGUCCGUAUCCAGGGUCCCAACUACACCCCUGGCAAGAAGGAGGAUCUCUUCAUCAAGAACAUCCAGCGUACCAUCCUGAUGAUGGGUCGUUUCGUCGAGCCCAUCGAGGAUGUGCCCUGCGGUAACAUCGUCGGUCUGGUCGGUGUCGAUCAGUUCCUGCUGAAGUCUGGUACUCUUACCACCUCCGAGACUGCCCACAACCUGAAGGUCAUGAAGUUCUCCGUCUCCCCCGUCGUGCAGCGCUCCGUCGAGGUCAAGAACGCCCAGGAUCUGCCCAAGCUGGUCGAGGGUCUCAAGCGUCUGUCCAAGUCCGAUCCUUGUGUCCUGACCAUGAUCAACGAGGCCGGUGAGCACAUUGUCGCCGGUGCCGGUGAGCUGCAUCUCGAGAUUUGCCUGAAGGAUCUCGAGGAGGACCACGCCGGUAUCCCUCUGCGCAUCUCGGACCCCGUCGUGUCUUACCGUGAGACCGUCUCCGCCGCGUCGAGCAUGACCGCCCUGUCCAAGUCGCCCAACAAGCACAACCGUCUGUACCUGACCGCUCAGCCCAUGGAGGAGGAGCUGUGUCUGGCCAUCGAGGCCGGCAAGAUCAGCCCCCGUGAUGAUUUCAAGGCUCGUGCCCGUGUCAUGGCCGACGAGUACGGAUGGGACGUCACCGACGCCCGUAAGAUCUGGUGCUUCGGUCCCGACACCACCGGUGCCAACUUGCUGGUCGACCAGUCCAAGGCCGUCCAGUACCUCAACGAAAUCAAGGAUUCCGUUGUCUCUGGUUUCCAGUGGGCCACCCGCGAGGGUCCCGUUGCCGAGGAGCCUAUGCGUGCCGUGCGCUUCAACGUCCUGGAUGUGACCCUGCACGCCGAUGCCAUCCACCGUGGUGGUGGUCAGAUCAUUCCCACCGCUCGUCGUGUGCUGUACGCCGCCACCAUGCUGGCCGAUCCCGGCAUCCUGGAGCCCAUCUUCAACGUCGAGAUCCAGGUGCCCGAGCAGGCCAUGGGUGGUAUCUACGGUGUGCUCACCCGCCGCCGUGGUCACGUCUACACUGAGGAGCAGCGCCCCGGUACUCCUCUGUUCAACGUCAAGGCCUACCUGCCCGUCAACGAGUCCUUCGGCUUCCCCUCGGAUCUCCGCCAGGCCACCGGUGGCCAGGCCUUCCCCCAGUCCGUCUUCGACCAUUGGGCUGUCCUGCCCGGUGGAUCCUGCCUGGACCCCACCACCAAGCCUGGUAUCGUCGUUACUGAGAUGCGUAAGCGCAAGGGUCUCAAGGAGCAGGUUCCCGGCUACGAGAACUACUACGACAAGCUGUAAAAAAUUUGUUUCACCCGAGCCUAGUAGGGUUCCAGCAUGCCGUGCUUGGAAUCCUAAGUUUAUGAGUUUGACGAAUGCGAUACAAUGUCCAUGCUAAGGGAGAACAAAAAUUUUUCAAAAAGGAGACAGCAGC